AUGGUAGUUAUGUAUGCACUAGUUUGCAAUGUUGGGAAGGAAGCUCUGGCCUUUAAGUUUGAUGAUUAUCCUCCAGAGAUUCAACAGCUAUUAUGGGACUUUAAGGAGCUAGUUGGUGAUGAAUUACCACAAGAAGAUAUGCUCGACAAAUUAGUUGGAUCAAAGGUGUUCUCCAAAAUAGAAUUGAGGAGUGGGUUCAAUCGAAUUAGAAUGAGGAGUGACGGUGAAUGGAAGACUGCAUUCAAGACACCGGAUGGGCUUGAUGGAGAAAUGCAAGCUGUUGAAGAAAAACUUGAACGACUACCAAAGGUGCAACGAGAUGUUAUUGAAGAUGUGCUUGAUGUCGAAGAAGUUAUAUCAAGGAGUGGCGAUUCUUGGGAUUGUCUAAAAGUUUAUCAUCCUGGAUGUGUGGGAAAUGAUGUUUCAUUUUCUGAGACUAGAGAACGCUGGACUUGCAAUUGUCAUUCGUGCUUAAUAUGCCAUAAAUCUCCAAAGUUUCAUUGCUUUUGCUGUCCAAACUCUGUAUGCAAACGGUGCAUCAAUGCUGCUGAGUUUGCACCUGCUAGUGGGAAGAAUGGAUUUUGCUGUGAGUGUUUGAAGCUUGUUCUACUUGCAGAAGAAAACGUUGAAUAUGACUCUGAUGGGGGCAAGGUAGACUUUAAAGACAGAGAUACAUAUGAGGGCCUGUUCAAGGAAUAUUGGGAAAUCAUAAAGGAAAAAGAAGGCCUGACUUUGGACGAUGUCUAUUCUGCAAAAGCCAAGAUGAAGAAGAGUGAAAGUUCCUGGAGUUCUGGUUCAUUGAUGUUUGAUGAUGAUGAAAAAGAAGAUGAACUCAUAAGAUCUGAUUGUGAUUUGGAUGAUAUGGAAGAAUGUAAGGCAUUUCGGAAACGGAGGUGGUCCAAGGUGCCGGAUUUUAUAGGUUGGGGAUCAAAACCUCUCAUUGAAUUCCUCAAAUCCCUUGGUAAAGAUAUAACCAAACGGCUAUCACAAUAUGAUGUUGAUUAUAUGAUUGCUGAAUACAUUCGAGAAAACAACCUCGGAGACCCAGAAAAUAAGAAGAGGGUUGUUUGUGAUGAAAAGCUGCAUGCUCUUUUCAGAAAGAAAUCAGUAUUUAAGAACCGGAUAUAUAAGCUUUUGGAUGUCCAUUUUGCUGAGAACUUGGUGCAAUUAGAGGAGGAAUUUGAGGAUAAAGAUAAAAGCAGCAGUUUGAGAGACAAAAAUGAAAAUCUUAAGGUAUCAUGUAAGAAAUGGAGAACAUUUAGCACGGAUAAAAAGUCUCCAGAAGUUGAAGUUGAAAGUAUUGUCCAAACGACCGGUUAUGCAUCUAUAGUUGCUGAGAACAUAAAUCUUGUCUACUUACGGAGAAGCUUAGUGGAGGAGUUAUUGAAGCACCAUGAAAGAUGUGAAGAAAAAGUAGUAGGAAGUUUUGUAAAAGUCAAAACAGACACCAGAGAUUAUCUGCAGAAAAAUUCUCACCAGCUUUUGCGAGUUACAGGUAAUUGUUACUAG